CAGGAUGGAGGACAGGGUGUGGAUUGUGUGUCUUUUUGUCAUUCUGACACUGGGAUGGACCGAAGCGCAGACUGAGACCAACCUCACCAGGCCUGUCUUCCUGUGUGGAGGCCACCUGGUUGUAGACUCAGGCAUCGUGGCCAGUGAAGGAUUCCCCAGUCCUUACAAACCCAACAGUAAAUGCACCUGGUACAUCACCGUCCCAGAGGGUCAUGUGGUCAUGCUGUCAUUCCGCCUCUUCGACGUGGAGGCUGACCCCACCUGUCGCUAUGACUACCUGGACGUCUACAACGGUCACUCCCGCCUAGUCCAGAAACUGGGUCGUUUCUGUGGGACGUUCAGACCGGGCGCUCUUAUCUCCACCUCUAACACCAUGAUGUUAGAGAUGGUGUCAGACGACGCAACUGGGGGGAGAGGCUUUCUAGCUGCUUUCAGCGCUGGGAAGCCACACAUGGAAGAGAACCAGUUCUGUGGAGGAAGGCUGACCAAAUCGCAGGGCUCCGUCAAGACACCAAACUGGCCCAACUCUAAUUACCCAGCGGGCAUCAGCUGCUCAUGGCACAUCUCUGUUGAACCAAGCAAUGUGAUUGAGGUGAAGUUUGUGAAGCUGGACUUGGAGCCCGACACGUACUGUCGCUACGACUAUGUGGCGUUGUUUAAUGGUGGAGAAAGGGAUAACUCGCGGCGGAUUGGGAAGUUCUGUGGAGACAGGGUACCAGGAAUUAUAGUGACAAAUGGGAAUGAACUCCUGGUCCAGUUUGUCUCAGACCUCAGUGUGACCUCAGAUGGCUUCAUGGCCCACUACUCCAGUGUGCCCCGUGGGUCUCGGUCGCCCACGAUAGGAGGAGAUUUCAUCUAUGGACCUCAGACCACCACAAUGCCAGAAAAAUCAAUUUUGAAGCCAAGAAAACCAACCAAACCAACCCCCACCUCUAGACCUACUCCCCAGCCUAAAACUACCCCUAAACCAACCAAAAGACCACUGGUGAAGAAACCAAUAAAACCUCCACCAAAAAAACCCAUCGUCAAACCCACUCUUAAACCAAAACCAGCCAAACCCACACCCAAAGCACCUGUGAAAAAGCCUGCACCUAAACCUGGAGCUAAACCUACACCCAAAUUUAAGGUUAUUAAGCCAACAAUGAAACCAAGCAUCAAGACUAAACCUACACGUAAGCCUAUAUUGAAGAUCAAGCCCACAUUAAAACCCAACAUCAAACUAGUAAAGCCAACAUCUAAGAGUGUAGUUAAACCAACAGCCAAACCAAGGAUGAAGCCCAAAGUGACACCUAAACCUGGAGUUAGCAAAACAGUGACAAAGAAGCCUAUCGUGAGCAGGAAACCUUUACCACUGAACCCACUGUGUACACAACCCUGUAAAAGGACGGGAACUCUCCAAUCUAGCUUCUGCCCUCAUGACUUCGUGAUUACGGGUAAGGUUACAUCUGUGACAGCUGGUCCUGGGGGCUCAGCCAUAGUUGAAGUGUUCCUAAUCAAGGCUUAUAAGCCUGGACGCCUGAACAUCACCAAAGCAGGGCCCGUCAUGUCCGACAUGAACUCUACCUGCAAGAGAUGCCCUGGGAUACUCAAAGGCAAGAACUACGUGUUGAUGGGAAAAGUCGACGCACAGGGCAACGGUCUACUCACCCCCUCCAGCUUUACGCUUCUUUAUAAGCCCAUCCACACCAAAGCACUUCUCAACCUUUCCAAGAAAUCGUGCUGACAUCACGGCCCAGCAAGCCAAUCAGAUGGACAGUGAGCCCUCUGAAAAUAUGUUACUUUAGAUUUAAAGUGAAAAUAUUAUCAGUUAUUAUACAAAUGUUAUUUUUUGUCAUAAUGCAAAAGUGUUGUAAGAAAUAUCUUACAAAGACUAAACGAGGCAUUCAAUAUAAUAUUUUGUAUGUAAAUUAUAAAACUACGUUAUAAAGAUGGAUCUCAAAUACACAAUAUGAUAUACAUGCUUGAGAUUAUUUUUAACAUUGAAUUAAGCCACUUGACUUUACAUUUCUAUAUUCUUCAUGAAAGCAGUCAGUUUUAAGGUUAAAUCUCUUAAGGCUCUUGACAGAAUGGUAAUAUCCACAUGGACAUGGACAAGAAAUACAGAUUAAAUGCUCCCCCCAUUUUAUCUGUGAUCCUUGAUUGUUUUUCUUUUAUUGGAGAGUAAAAAAAAUUCACUUGUGCACUGUGGAUUAAAAAAAUCAACUUUCUGAUUUAUAAAAUGGACCAGUUGUUCCAAGUAAUGUGAUUUGCAAAUGGAAUCUUGGCGCAAAAAACCUUUUAAGCAUUUAGCAACUUUGAGCUCAAUGUUUUGGUUUUACACAUCUUAAUUAUAAUCUUCUUAAUUAAUCUUUUUUUUUUUUUUGCAGUUAACUCUGUAACCCUAACUUCUGAACCCCAAAU